AUGCCAAAGGAAAAAUAUGAUCCUCCAGAUCCUCGCAGAAUAUAUACCAUCAUGUCAGCAGAAGAGGUAGCCAAUGGGAAGAAGUCCCACUGGGCAGAGUUGGAAAUCUCGGGUAGAGUGCGCAAUUUAAGUACAUCACUUUGGUCAUUAACCCACUUGACUGCUCUCCACCUCAAUGACAACUAUUUGACUCGCAUUCCACCUGAUAUUGCCAAGCUUCAUAAUCUGGUUUACCUGGAUCUCUCAUCCAACAAACUCCGAAGUUUACCAGCAGAACUAGGAAACAUGGUUUCUCUCAGGGAAUUGCUUUUAAACAACAAUUUGUUACGAGUUUUGCCUUAUGAACUUGGACGGCUCUUCCAGCUACAAACCCUUGGACUGAAAGGCAAUCCUUUAUCACAAGAUAUUCUCAGCCUGUACCAGGAUUCAGAUGGGACACGUAAAUUGUUGAACUACAUGCUUGACAAUCUAGCAGUUCAUCCAGAGCAGCUGCCUCCAAGGCCAUGGAUUACAUUAAAAGAGCGAGACCAAAUUCUGCCCUCAGCUUCGUUUACUGUCAUGUGCUACAAUGUAUUGUGUGAUAAAUACGCUACCCGACAGCUCUAUGGCUACUGUCCUUCCUGGGCUCUAAACUGGGAAUAUAGAAAAAAGGGAAUCAUGGAAGAAAUUGUGAACUGGGAUGCAGAUAUCAUUAGUCUUCAGUCACCGUGUCGCAUUCCCUUCCAGGAAGUGGAAACUGAGCAAUACUUCACCCUCUUUCUGCCAGCAUUAAAAGAGCGUGGAUACGACGGAUUUUUUUCUCCAAAGUCACGUGCCAAAAUCAUGUCUGAGCAGGAGCGAAAACAUGUGGACGGUUGUGCAAUAUUCUUCAAAAUGGACAAGUUCACACUGGUGCAGAAGCACACAGUCGAGUUCAACCAAGUGGCGAUGGCCAACUCAGAAGGGUCCGAAGCGAUGCUGAAUCGAGUUAUGACAAAGGACAACAUCGGAGUUGCAGUUGUGUUAGAGGUGCACAAGGAACUGUUUGGGGCAGGUAUGAAACCACUUCAUACAGUGGACAGCCAGCUGCUUAUAAUAGCAAAUGCCCAUAUGCAUUGGGACCCUGAAUAUUCAGAUGUAAAGCUUGUCCAGACGAUGAUGUUUGUCUCCGAACUUAAAAAUAUUCUUGAGAAAGCCUCUGAUCAGCCUGGAAGCCCAACAGCAGACACAAAUUCCAUUCCUCUGGUGCUGUGUGCAGAUCUCAAUUCACUGCCUGAUUCAGGUGUUGUGGAAUACUUAAGCAAUGGAAUAGUGGCCGACAACCACAAAGACUUCAAGGAGCUGCGUUAUAAUGAGUGUCUCAUGAACUUCAGUGGCAAUGGAAAGAAUGGGGCUUCUGAAGGAAGAAUCACCCAUGGUUUCCAACUCAAGAGCGCCUAUGAAAACAACUUGAUGCCUUAUACUAAUUACACUUUUGAUUUCAAGGGUGUAAUUGACUAUAUUUUUUAUUCCAACACUCACAUGAAUGUGCUUGGUGUCCUGGGGCCUUUGGAUCCUCACUGGCUGGUUGAGAACAACAUCACGGGGUGUCCCCACCCUCACAUCCCUUCCGACCACUUCUCACUGUUGACUCAGCUUGAGCUCCACCCUCCAUUCCUGCCUCCGAUCAACGGCAUCCAUUUGCCAAGCAGGAGGUAGUGC